UAGACCAUCACAAGUCUUGCAUAACAUUUGGGGUUGGUUUACUUUCUAAAGAAGAUGCUCAAUCAUUUGAAUGGCUUUUUAGGACUUUCCUUAAUGCUAUGGGAAAUUGUGAGCCUAGAUAUUUGAUAACCGAUCAAGAUCCGGCAAUGAAAGUUGCCAUAAAUGAGGUGUUUGUUAACACUCGCCACCGACUUUGUUUGUGGCAUAUAAUGAAAAAAGUUCCUGAAAAAGUAGGCCCUGAGCUCAAACAAGAUGAAGAUUUUCUUAAGUUGUUAAAUGAGUGUGUGUGGGACAUGGAACAAGAAUCCGAGGAAUUUGAAGCUACUUGGAACUCGCUUAUGGUUCAAUAUAACCUUGUGGAGAAUGGUUGGUUCCAACAUAUGUUUUCAAUAAGAGAACAUUGGAUACCAUGCUACUUUAGAGAUCUCAGGUUAGGAGGCAUUUUAAGAACUACCUCUAGAUCAGAAAGUGAGAAUAGUUUUUUCAAUAAUUUCACCAAUCCGCAUGUGACACUUGUAGAAUUCUGCAUGCGUUUUGAAAGUGCAAUGGAUGCACAAAGGCACAAGCAAGAUAAGCUAAAUACAGAAUCCAUUCACUCUGUUCCUCAAUUUAUAACUCCAUUGCCUUUGGAGAAACAUGCAGCUGAGGUGUAUACCAGAAAAAUGUUCUACAUGUUCCAGGAUGAGGUGUACAAGGCUUGUUUCAGAUGUGGGAUUAGUUCUAUUAGAAUGGAAGAAAAUAUUGAAAUCGCACAAGUCAUGGACCAUUCUCGACAGAAAACAAGUAAGGUAACAUUUAAUUCUGGAAAUCUCAUGACAUCAUGUUCUUGCAAAUUGUUUGAGAGAUUGGGGAUUUUAUGUAAACAUGCAAUAUGUGUUUUAAAUGCAAGACAAGUUACAAAGAUUCCAGAGUACUACAUUCUUGAUCGAUGGACAAAAGAGGCAACCAAAAGGCCAAUUUUUGAUAUGCAUGGUAACUUCCUUGAAGAAUGUAGGAAGAUGAACACAACAACUAAAAUGUUAGGGGAAGUCUGGUCGGAGAUUUUUAACUAUGUAGGCCUUGCAGAGGGAAAUGAGGAAAAUUUGCAACAAUUUCUCGAUAAUCUUAGAGAUUUUAGUAAGAAUUUGGUAGAAAAAGGAAAGUGUGUGCCAAUGACAAAAACUCAAGAGAUGGAGCUUUUUGUUGGUCCUAGUGCGUCUUCUAACCUCAAUAUCCAAAAUCCAAUACCAUCAAAGAAUAAAGGCAAGAGACAUAGAAUAGUAGGAGAAAAGGAGGCAGCAAUUGAGCAAAGUCAGAAACCCAAAAGAAAAUGUAAAGCUUGUGGGGCAUAUGAUUAUCACGACAGUCGUAACUGCCCGAACAAAACUACAACCUAAGCAAGCCUACUAGAUGAUAGGGUAACCUUGUUUUCACAAUGCCCCAACUUACAAACCCCUCUCAAAUCUCCUGUCUGGUUUAAUCUGAUGCCACAACAUCAACAUCAACAU